UCUUAUUCCAAGUAUUAGCUUUCUACCUUCCUCACUUGUUUCGCUCUCUCUUCUUCCAACAAGUGUUGCAUUUCAUAGAGAAAUUAAUAUGGGUUCCAAGUUUGCACAAGCACUUUUUGCAAUGCUGCUAAUUGCUUCAAUGGUGGCAUCUAGCGCAGCCAACAAGGAUUGGCAGCAGCGGAACUACACUGGCUGGGGUUUCAACCAUGGUCCAUAUCACCUCAACAAGACAGAAGGACCCAAAAAGAUCGUCGUUGGUGGCUCGGAAAACUGGCAUUACGGUUUUAACUAUGCAGAUUGGUCUCUGAAAAAUGCCUCAUUUUACGUCAAGGACACUCUAGUUUUCAAGUAUGAUCCACCAACCAACUCGACAGGUCCUCACAGCGUGUACUUGCUACCAAACCUGUGGAGCUUCAUACACUGCGACUUAAGCCAGGCCAAGAUGGUGGGAAGUCCAACACAAGGAGGCGGAAAUGGCUUUGAGUUUGUGCUCAAGAGCUGGCAGCCAUACUACUUCGCUUGUGGCGAGCAUGGUGGUGUUCAUUGUAAAGACGGAAUGAUGAGGUUCUUCGUCUUCCCAAAGCUUCGCGGUUGGCAUUACUGAGAGUUUGAGAUCUUCGCAGUCUCGCUAGUACAGAAAUUAAAGCAGAUAUAUACUUGUUUCUGGCCACAAUGGAAGCGUUUUCUUUUCUUUUGUAUUUGGUUUAUUAAUUUCCUUUGAGCAAAUAACAAGACUUGCAGAGUUUUGACAUAUACUUGGCGCGCAUUAUUUGGUAUAUUCGAUCAUUUCCUGUAUUAGUUCUUUGUAGAGAUGUGUACGUACUAAAAACAAUGUUUCUACAUUAAUUAUCGUAGCAUGUAUUCUUAAUUUAGAUUAUGCAGUAUAAUAUAUAUGUUUCUUCA